AUGGCCAGCCUCGCCUCCGUUGGUUCGCUCCUGCUCGCUGCCAUCGUCGCCGUCCUGGUACUCGUACCGGGAUCGUACGGGUCGCGCAGCAACUGCCCGCUGCCGGACCCCGGCCACGGCGGUGGUGGUGGCGGCGGACAACACCCGCCCCACCAUGGCAAGCCGCCCAAGCACCACGGCGGCCCACCGUCGGGCCCCAAAUGCCCGCCGUGCCACCCGCCACCGACACCGACGCUGCGUCCACCACCCUACGCCCCGCCGACUCCACCAUACAUCCCCCCGACUCCGCCGUACGGGCCACCAACGCCACUGCCACCACCACACGUGCCGCCGUACGUACCGCCGUCGCCACCGUACGUCCCGCCUUCUCCACCAUACAUCCCGCCGUACGUGCCGCCGUUCGUGCCACCGACUCCUCCCUACGUGCCGUCACCGCCGUACGUGCCACCGACUCCGCCAUACGUGCCUCCGACGCCGCCGUACGUGCCGUCCCCGACACCGCCGUCGCCGGGGCAUGGGAAGACGUGCCCGGUGGACGCGCUGAGGCUGAACGCGUGCGUGGACCUGCUGGGCGGGCUGGUGCACCUGGUGAUCGGGCGGGAGGCGCGCUCCAAGUGCUGCCCGCUGGUGCAGGGGAUAGCGGACCUGGACGCGGCGCUCUGCCUCUGCACCACCAUCCGGGCGCGCCUCCUCAACAUCAACAUCUACCUCCCCGUCGCGCUCCGCCUGCUCAUCACCUGCGGCAAGCACCCGCCCAGCGGCUUCAACUGCCCCACCGUCCUCGACGCCUAG